AAGGGGUUAACCGAGUAAACUCGGAAGAGGAAAAGGGGGAAGAGCAACACAGCAAUGGAGGCGAGGGUUGCAGGAGUGCCCGAAGACGAGGAGUCCGGCCUCCUCCCCCGCCCGUCCGCCGCCGGCCGCCGUCCAUCCUCGCGUGGUCCCCGCUUGCCGCCUCCACCGCCUGCCUGGGCGACGGUGGACGGCCCCCUCGGGCUGCCGCUGGAGGAGGCGGAGGGCCAUGCCCGGCGCUUCUUCCUGUGGGGUUUCGCGUGCCUCCCCUUUCUCUGGGCCAUCAACUGCUGCUACUUCUGGCCGCUCCUCCGCUCGCCGGCGGCAUCCUCACCCGCCGCCUUCGGGCCCAUCCGCCCCUAUGUUGUGCGAUCAGCGAUUGGCUUUACCAUAUUUUCUGUUGUUCUGAUCACUUGGGCCACGACUUUCAUUGUUGGAGGCGAACGAUUGUUUGGACCAGCGUGGAAUGAUCUCGUAAUGUACAAUGUUGCUGACAAGCUUGGCCUCUCUGGAUUUAUGGGAUAGCCUCCGCUGGCUCCGACCAUCUCACUGGUUGUACUCCAUUGCUUUUCCCUGGAGGAGAUAGUUUCGUCUUCGUGGGGCUUGGUACUAUUUGCUGUUAUCUAAUAUCAAUGGCUGGUUAGACUGAAGGUUAGUGUGGGCUGUGUUGUAGAAAGGGAUGAAUGAUUUGUGUUGGAGAGGUCAUGUUACCAUAGAUCUGAGGUAAAUAUCUAUGAAGAAACCGGACUCAAGGAUAAUGCUUUUGUAUUGCUAGACAUUCUGAUAUGUGUUUUAUGAUACGACGUUGCACCGUGCUUUGUGUCCGUUUUGCUGGUGUCCGUUUUGCUGGAAUGAAUCGGGCAUUUGUAUUCCCUCAUAUGAGAAAUCAGACUCAAUUUGAUGGAUAAUGCUUUUGUAUUGCUAGA